AUGGCGUCGGGCAGCCUAGCGGCGUCAAUGUCGUCGGCGUCGUCGGGGGCAACUGCUUGUGCUGAAGAGACCACCAAAGCCAUUAUUGCUGAUAUUGGAGACAAAAGGUUUUCAUUACUUGUUGAUGAGUCCAGAGAUGCAUCUAUAAAGGAGCAAAUGUCUAUGGUUUUAAGGUAUGUCAACGAUCAUGGGUAUACAAUUGAGAGAUUUAUUGGGAUUAAGCAUGUUGGUGACACAAGAGCAGCUUCUCUAAAGGCAGUCGUGGAUGGUCCUUUUUCUACUAGUGUAGGUAACCUUUCCAAUCAGCUCCAAUAUCUAUACUUUGGGGAAAAUCAACUAACGGGAGAAUUUCCUUCCGGCAUAGCAAACCUUCGCAACCUCGUUGUUGUAUCAUUGGAAGUGAAUCACUUUACAGGUGUGGUUCCAGAGUGUAUUGGCACUUUCAAAACUUUACAGCAAAUAGGUUUAGGGGAAAACUUCUUUACGGGGGUCAUCCCAUCAUCCAUGUCAAACUUGUCUCGUUUAGGAGGGCUCUAUCUACGAUCAAAUCAAUUCACUGGCCACAUACCACCAAGCUUUGGAAACUUUCCGAUGCUUCAAUAUUUGCACAUCUCUAAAAACAGCCAUCAUGGCAAGGUUCCGAUGGAGAUCUUCAAAAUCCCAUCAAUAAUUGGAAUUGUCUUAUCUUCCAACAAGCUUGAUGGACAACUUCCUGCCAACAUUGGCAAUGCCAGACAACUUGUAUAUUUUCAAAUUUCGACAAACAAACUAUCAGGAGAUAUCCCAAACACUCUAGCUGGUUGUGAAAGCUUACAAGACAUUGAGUUAGACUCGAAUAUGUUCAGCGGAAGCAUUCCGACUUCGUUAGGCAACAUAAGUAGCUUGAUAUUUCUGAUUUUUUCUAUCAAUAACUUAACUGGGUCAAUACCAACAUCUCUUGGCAACCUAGAACUUCUCGUGGCACUUGAUUUUUCAUUCAACCAUCUUAUUGGCGAGGUUCCAACUAAUGGGAUCUUCAAGAAUGCAACUGCUGUGCAGAUUGACGGAAAUCAGGGGCUUUGUGGUGGUGUAGUGGAGUUACACAUGCUACCAUGUUCUGUUCUGCCUUCAAAGUCAACUAGGCACAAGAAAUCUUUGGUGCUCAAACUAGUUAUCCCAAUAGCCAGUAUGGUGUCACUUGCUAUGCUGAUAUUUGGCAUACUGCUUUUGAGAGGAAAACACAAGACACAAUCUGUAUUGGUGCCAUCAUUUGCUACAAAAUUUCCAAAAGUAUCUUUCAAUGAUGUAGCGACAGCAACACAGGGAUUCUCAACAUCCAACUUAAUUGGCAGAGGGAAAUACAGUUCUGUAUAUCAAGGAAAACUAGGAGAGGAAGAAAAUGAGGUUGCCAUAAAAGUCUUCAACCUAGAGACAAGAAGAGCACACAAGAGCUUCAUUGCAGAAUGUAAAGCGCUGAGAAAUGUUCGGCAUCGCAAUCUGGUGACUAUCCUAACCGCAUGCUCGAGCAUUGAUUCUAAGGGCAAUGAUUUCAAGGCCCUGGUCUAUGAGCUCAUGCCACAAGGAGACUUGCAUAAACUGCUAUACUCGACUCGAGAUUAUGAAGGCUCUUCAGAUUUGAACCACAUUACAAUGGCCCAAAGGAUGAGCAUUGCGGUGGAUGUAGCGGAUGCAUUGGAGUACCUACAUCACAACAACCAGGAAACAAUGGUUCAUUGUGAUUUGAAACCCAGUAACAUUCUUCUACAUGACAAUAUGACAGCUCAUGUUGGAGACUUUGGCCUGGCAAGAUUCAAGGUUGCUUCCACAGCAUCAUCUCUUGGAAACAAUAACUCUUCUUCACUUGCAGUAGUGGGAACGAUUGGAUAUGCUGCUCCAGAAUAUGCAGGGGGUGGUCAAGUUUCAACCGUCGCAGAUGUUUACAGCUUUGGUGUCGUUCUCCUCGAGAUAUUCAUUCGAAGAAGGCCAACUGAUGACAUGUUUACUGAUGGACUAAGCAUUGUGAAGUUUACAGAGGCCAGCUUUCCUGAUAGGGUGUUGGAGAUUGUUGACCCCCAGCUCCUAAAAGAGUUGGAUGAAACUCCAAUAGCCUUCAAGGAAAAACAUGUACAUUGUCUGCUAUCUGUGCUAAAUGUUGGCCUUUGCUGCACUAAGACAUCCCCGGGCGAACGCAUCAACAUGCAAGAGGUAGCUGCCAAGCUACAUGGAAUCAAGGAUGCAUAUCUCAGAAGCAGUGCCGUUGCUUCAGUAGCAGUACCUGAAUAAUUAACUUGUUUGUGCAAUUUGUUGUGUUUAUCACGCACCAUGCAAGCAAGGACCGGCCCAACUAGUAUUGAAUAAGUAU